AUGGGAAAAGAUGCACUAAAGCGCAAGUUCUUGCUUCUCAAGAACCACGCCAAGCCGACUGGCGAUCCUGACUGUCCCGAAGAAGUGCACAGCGCAUUCAACGCGACAUCGACCUGUCGGCGUCAAUACCCUGCUCACCCCACCGAUGCAAGAGCGCCCCCUGAUCACGAGGACGACGAAGAUGUUGGCCGUACUGAAUUGCCCUGCUCGGAUUUGCAGCUCCGAUUUGCCUGCUGGGUGCUGUCGUACACGGCGAAAAAGCGUCGUUCGAUCGACAAGUUUAUCGACGGCGCUGCCGAUGCUGAUGCCAAAGCGUCAUCCGAUAUGAUGACAUUGUUUCUACUGAUGGACGAGUGGGCGGCGAAGCGAUCGUGA